UAACAAGCCCCCCUCCCCUCUCCUCUACACCCAUCUACCAUAGAACCCAGCUCCAAGGCUUUCACAUUCUACCAUACAAUCCUCUUCAUCCUUCACAAGGAACCGCCAUGGGUCUGUCCGCGAAGGUCUUCGUGGUCCUCCUGCUGCUUCUCGUCGCCACGGAGGAGCAGGGGGGAUCGGUGCAGGUGGCUCUGGCGAGGGAUUGCGAGUCGGAUAGCCACAAGUUCCAUGGGGCGUGCUUCAGCGACACCAACUGCGCGAACGUCUGCCAGACCGAGGGCUUCACCGCCGGCAAGUGCGUCGGCGUCCAGCGCCACUGCCACUGCACCAAGGACUGCUAGAUGCCUUGCCUAGAUGGCCCUGGCUACUUUGUUCUCGCGUACUGGAUGCAUGAUUCCCUGUGUGUGAUAUUAGCUGAACGAUAGUAGAUCUAUAUAUCUAUGUGUGUAUGCGUGUGUUGAUUUGCGAGCGCUAGUCGUCAGAGAUUUCAUGAAUGAAUAAAGGGAAUCGCAUCAUCUUAUGAGUAAGAUCCGUUCCCCGCUUUGUGAGAUCA